AUGGAGUCGUCACCGAGAAAUGUCGAUUCUUCACGAACCAAGACUCCAAUACGAACACCCACCGCCGCCAGAACUCCAGCGAGCCGUCGUGCUUUCAGUGCCGAACCGCCGUCGUCACGUCCUUCCGCUGUUUACACGCCACUUGACCGCAAUUCCACCCGCGAGCUUCUCAAUUCUGUCCGUCAAGGUGUUUCUGCAUCUGGACGCCGUAACAAUGCUCCCACGCCUCAUGCAAAGGCCGCUCGUCAGGCUCUCGACCAACGUCGUAAUGCCCUGCUCACACCAGGUAAAAUUAGGCGCCAGAGCCUGGUAGAACAGAGAGAGACCCCCAUGGGCAUCUUGGGACAUUUAGCCUCAGUGUUGGCACCCGGUAGCAAGCCUAUACUCUCUUCAUCACCACCCCAAGGCAAGCGGUCGAGCUUCGCGCCAAUCCCAGAGGUGGACGAUGAUGUUGACGAUGCCGACCUGCCCAGACCACCACGUUUUUCUCUACCAAUCGACCAAGACGACGAAUCUGACCUGAUACCGCCCCGUUCAUCUGGCUUGGAAUCAGAGACAAACACCCUGCCGUUUGUUGACAGACCUGAAGGACCUCGGCGAGCCUACAGCGAGCAGCCGAGUAUAUCGAGACCUAGCUUUAGUGGUGGUCUUGAUAGUGAUGUCUUUGACCCUAACGAAGUCACUGCCGAUAUUGGACGCCCAUCCGACUUCUUCCCUGAGUCAUUACUAGCCAAUAUCCAGGCUCAGGCAAACGCAGGUGCUGAUCGAACAUUUACCCGGAUUGAUGAUGAUGUGACACAAAACACCAUCGGCGGACGCGACAGUGGAUUUGGGCUACAAGUACCUCCUGGCGCUGGAGAUUCAACUUUUUAUAUGUCUGACCCUCCCCAAGAUGGCGGUGCUACAUCUCCCAUCGUGGAGAAAUCAAUAAUUGAGGCAGGCGCAAGUAACGCCGCUAGUCGAGGUGGUGUAGGCAACGUCACCCUGCCGGAUACGCCAGGGCCAGCUGACAUCGGCGGCGGCGGCGGCGAUGAUGAUGAUGAUGAUGAUGAUGAUCGUAAUAUGCCGGACGUGUACGCUGAUUCUGAUCCGGAUCUGGACCCUGGGCUUGAACCAGAGCCCGUGGAGGGCGAGGACGAAGACGGCGUCGAGCCAGUUGUGGAAGAGCUUGAGGGCGAACAGUCAGUUGAUGAGGGUGAGCUAAUCGACCCUUCGUCUGCAGUAAGGCCCGCCAGAGAGCGAUCAAAGCCCAAGAAACGCCAACGAAGGAUAUCAAAGCAUGGCAUAGAAUAUCCUGCGUUGCCGCCGACGUUUGUCAAAAGAGUAGCCCAAACAGCACUCCAGUCGUCCGGUCUGAGUAACCCCCGAGUAUCAACGGAUACGCUCACUGCAUUGACCCAAGCUUCAGAGUGGUUCUUUGAACAGCUGGGCGACGAUUUGGGUGCUUAUGCGAAUCACGCCAAGCGGAAAAUCAUCGAAGAGAGUGACGUGGCGACCUUGAUGAGACGACAACGCCAGAUUACAUCCGACAGCACAAUGUUCUCACUAGCACAGAGACAUCUCCCAAGAGAGUUACUGCAAGAGCUGAGAAUGCCAAUUCAAAGUGUGGGGGCACGUCGCAAGAGAUUACGAGAUGAGGAAACUACCGAGGCUAGCUCUACGACAUCAUGA